AUGUCGUCUCCUAUGAUAGCUUGGGUGCCAAUCGUCAACCGCUUUACAAAAUACUUCACCACCAGCAAUUACGCAGCACAAUUUAUUGAUCUUCCAUCCGUCGAGAUCCACGAUGUCGAGCCAGCCGCAGAGAAGCGCCCCAGGACUCUGAAGCACCUUCUACGAGCAAACCAUGUCAACUAUUCAAUUCUCUACCACAAUUUACAGUACCACAAUCAUAUUCCGCAUCUGCUGGGCUCUGCAUAUCUUCUAGGAGCAGACGCAGACCAAUUGAACAACAUCUACGAUGGGGAGUCAGAGAGGCUGGAAGAAUGGAAGAACUCUCCUGCAGAAGUUACAGAAAAAGACUGGAGAGAGUUUCUGGGGGACAAGAGAUAUCAGAGGGCCUAUGUGGAUUUCUACGAGGACGAGAUGGCGUUGAAGUUCGAUUAUGAUUGGAAGGGUGUAGCAAGAGAGUAUCUUUUCAGUGGAAAUGAGCCUUUGAUCAAUGGAAUUAUUGGAGGACUCGGCCACCCCUUGAUCCAUCUCGCCUACGCCUACGAACUCUCCAGCAAAGAAGUCGGCAUAGAAGCGCUAGCUAUGUCCUCCUGCUGCUACAACUACCUGCACAAAUACCUUGACCACCCCUCGUACACUAUUGCCUCUACGUACAGCACCACCUCACCCCUUGAAAUCCUCCAUAAAAUACACACUGACACCCGGUUCGACGGGCUCUUUGAAGACCGCGGCGCCUCCAAUAUCGAAAUAAUCUUUUCCCAGCACGAGUCUCUGGUCCUGGAGCACUGGAACGCAUGGACCAUCAUAGACCCCAACAAGCAAUUCCGGGAAUCGCAGGAAGCAGCUCUUGCGUUACUCGUGAGGACGGUAGAGCCGGGAACGCAUGCAUAUGACUUUUUCAUGGUGCAUUUGUUGACCACGUCGCACGCCGUGAGGGUGUUACUGCCGCUAAUACCGAAGAAGUUCCAUAUCGGGCUCGUGAGGCAGUGGUGGUUACUAGCGAUUGCGGUUUACAUUGCGCAGUUGCGACCGAAGAUCAGUGAGGAUAUCGAAGGGAAGCCAGAGGCUGGCAAGGGGUGGAAGUAUGUAGAAGAGAUGGCGGUGACGGGGCCGUGGCGUUCGGAUCCCCAUUAUGUUAAGGCAUUGAGAGCCAUGAAAGAGGCGGCGUUUACGUGGGGGGAUGUACACGAGCGUUACUUGUCAACCGCCGUACAUUUCGCAGACGACUUCAAGGGCUGGACGGGCUUUGGAUCAACGGAAUAG